AUGAAUAUUGUACGAACAAAAAAGGCAUACAAGGCAAUCUGCUGUUUAAUUGCAUUCGUGGGAGCUACACAUCUUAACACUACCAAUGGAGUCAAUCCAGAUUUGAGUGGCAUCCAAAGUCCUGAUUCAGUUGGGUAUGAAGCUUGUACUUCUCAAAAGUGCCGUGUGGAUAUUGACUACGGAUAUCCACUUCUCAAAGACAUUACAUCUCUUCAUGAUGUGAUAGAAGAGCUGAAGUAUCUAUGUUGUCUGGAUCUCAGCAGAAAAGAGCUAAGAUCAUUACCAGCCGUGAUAGAGGAGCUGAAGAAUCUACGGAAACUGGAUCUCAGUGGUAACAAAUUCGAGGUAUUACCAUCUAAUAUAGUAAAACUGGAGAAUCUGGAGAUACUGUAUCUCAAUGGUAACAAACUCGAGACACUACCA